AUGCAUCGAUGCUGGGACAGUGCCAAUGAAGCUCUAUAUAUUGAAUACCUGUUAACUCCAUUAAUAAUAAUCUUCAACUUGACAGUGUUUUUUACAAUGGCUACCACAAAAACACUCAGAAAACUACCUUGUAUGUUAUUAGUUGCAAAUUUGGCCUUGAGUGAUUUUUUCCUAGGAGUUUACACCCUUGCUAUCACGUCAUCACGUCACGCUAUGACUUAUCAAGCCUUCGUUAGCGUGAUGAGCUCUUUGUGUCCAGCUAUUAGUUUUGUGUGGGUUGUCGGGCAAUUUGCAGCAGCUCUUUCUUCAUUGCUGUUGACUACUGAACGAUACAUAGCAAUUAUCUUCUCCAUGAGACCAAGUAUCUCUGUCACAGCAAUGGCAUGCCUCUAUUGCAUGGUUGCCUCGUGGGCAAUAGCUGUAUUCAUGGCAUCCCUUCCAUUCUUCGGUGUGGGAACAUACACUACGACUACCUUCUGCCUUCCGAUCCAGCCUGCGAAGGGAAUCCCUCAUUCGUUUGCGUACAGCGCCAGUGUCGUCGCAAUUGGAAUUUUGUUGUACAUCAUCACUAUUCCCAUGUAUCUCCAUAUUUUUGUCCAUGUGAGGAACUCAGGAAAUCAAAUGGGUAUAAAGCGAGAUGGAAAACUGGCCAAAAAGAUUUCCAUCUUGGUCACAAGCAAUUUGAUGUUUUUUCUUGUUCCUGUGUUUAUAGGAGUAUUAUGGUUGAUGACUCAAACUUUCAGCAAAGUUUCUUUAACGACCAGAGAAAUUUUGGUGGGUUCAUUAACAACUGUUUGUUUUAGCAUCAACUCCUUUUUAAAUCCUCUUCUUUAUGCAUUUCGAGACAGAAGGUUUCGAGUUACAUUAAAGCAUAGAUUAAACCGUCUUAUUCAUCCAAACACCACUUUUGUGCAACAAGUCAGCUAUAGAUCAGCGGCCGAUACAAGAUCUAAUGCCGGGAACACUAUAAAACUUAAUUAG